GCCCCGCCGCGGUACGGACCGGGCCCCCAGCACCCCGGGAUGGAUCUGGACGGGCUGCUGCUGGACGAGGAGGGGACCUUCUCCCUGAGCGGCUUCCAGGAGUUCACGUUUCUGCCAGGGCACCAGCAGCUGAGCGAGAGGGUGCGGAAGCGCUUGUAUUAUGGCUGGGACAAAGACUGUAGCCUGGACAAUCUCUCCAGCCCGGUGGCCGACAUCGCCGUCGAGUUGCUCCAGAAAGCAGCUCCCAGCCCCAUUCGCAGGCUGCAGAAGAAAUACGUUUGCCACGUGUCUCGGGAAGCCUGCAUCUCGCCCUGCUCCAUGAUGCUGGCUCUGGUUUACAUCGAGAGACUCCGGCACCGAAACCCCGAGUAUCUGCAGCAGAUCUCCUCCUCGGACCUCUUCCUGAUCUCCAUGAUGGUUGCCAGCAAGUACCUGUAUGACGAAGGGGAGGAGGAGGAGGUGUUCAAUGACGAAUGGGGCUCAGCCGGCAAGGUGGGGGUGCAGACCAUUAACACGCUGGAGAUGAACUUCCUGAGCGCCAUUGACUGGACCCUCUACACUGACCCCAAGGAGCUGUUUGAAGUGCUGAGCUGGGUAGAAGGAUGCGUGGCAAGGAGACAGGGCACCCAGCGUGGCUGGUUCACCUACACGGACCUGUGCGUCCUGCUGGAGCAGCCCCUCUGGCAGCAUGCGCUGGGCCAGUUCUACCAGCAAGUGGCGAAGCUGGCCUGCUUGCUGGGCGUGAUGUACCUGACUGGCAUUGCUGCAGUCUUCGCCUCUGUCACUGUGGUGCACCAGGUCAUGUGUGUGAGGAGUGCCGGCCCCACUGCCCUCCGGCCUCUGCUGUUCCCCAUGGAUGGUGGGUGCCCGCUGGGCUCUGGGGCACCCCUUGCCCCCUGUGUCACUCAGCUGCCAGAUCCUGGGCUUGGGCUGCCUGACCCCCUUUCCCCCUCUGGCUCCGUUAGCAGCUCCUGUUGCCUGGUGGAGAACGAGACGGUGGAGGAGCAGUGCUGCCCUGGUGGUGGGGUGACGGCCACAGCACUGUACCUGUGGGGCAGCAUGCUGACGGCACUGUCCUACACGGAGGCCCCAGGCUCUGCCAUGCACACUAGUCCCCAGCAAGUGCCCCCUCUCUGCCCAAACUGCCUGAAACUCCGCAGAGGGCGCAGCACCUGUGAGAGAUCCAACCGCACGAGCCCCAGCCGCCCCUUCACCCCGCCUGCCCCCUUUGGACUCGGCCUGGACCUCGCUCACCCGGCGCUCUGCUGCAGUGGCUGCUCGUCUGGCCCCAGCUGGGGCUGGCAUCUGUCUGCAGCCCUCAGCCCCCAGGACUGGCCCGACCCCCUGGCACUGAAGCAGUGCUCCUUCGAGGCAGCCAUGGAUCUGGGCAGAAUCAAGACCUUCAUCUUCCCCAGCUAGGGCUGGCCUAUGAGGCUGGGAGGGCCAGGCCCCCGCGUUAGUCCCAAGCUAGCGUUUGUACUUUGUGGGUUGGGCUUCUCUUCACCAGACCCUUCAGGCUUUACUGGGUUGUGGGGCUGCCUGGGGCUGGCAUGGGGGCUUGGCGGCUGUGGGGUGCAGCGACAUUGCGGGGGGAUUAGGGUGCCCACAAGCAGGGGUGCCAGUCUGGGGAGGGCAAUGCUUACCCACACCUAUUGCUACCUCCCAGUGAAGCUGGAAUCUCAGCCCCCUGCUGCAUUGGGCAGCGUGGAGAGUGAGGGGAGUUGGGGGGUACAUGAGGCUCUGGGCCUGUGGGCUGCACAAUGGAGGGUCCGGGGUGGGGACACGCCCUCAUGGGACUGUAAGCUCCAGAGGGGAGUUAGGGGCCUGACAGCCCGGAGUGGAUCUGCUGGGCGUGGGGGGAAGGGGCUGGUUCUGCUGCCCAGCCUUACCAGCUGUGCCAGCUCUCGCCUUGCCCAGCACCAGCUGUUUUUAUGCUGGAUUUUAAAUCUGUUUUUCACUCUUUUGUAGCUGAAAAUCUCUUCUAAUAAUAAAGGUAGCUCUGGCCGUGCG